AUGUGGCAACACUGCGCCAAUGCACCCCGCUCUGUAUUUGGUCACAAACCAUGCUCUCACAUUCGGCAACACGGCCGCCCCAUCAUAACCAGAAAACUGUGUCACAACUGCGGUGGACCCAGGUUCUUCACUCGAAGAGGAGGCUUGGCUGCGCGCGGCAGUGGCAGUGGUAGUUCGAUGCUCAGCCAGGUCAAGGAACAAAGGGAGGAUCUGAGUGAACAGUACGACUCCGGCUACCAGAGCGACUUGAUACCCGAUGCGGACGAUGAGGCUGCCGACGACGACGCUUCCUUGUCACCACGACAAUCUGCGGCGUUGACAAGAAGAUGGAGGGAUUUGUCAAGACAACGUUCGUCAAACAUUCCUCGAUCGUCAGGCCAAAAGUCUAACUGGCGACCGAACCUAAAGCGUGAUCUCAGCGAGAGUUCAUCCGAUUCAUCUAUGCCUUCUUCGCGUCGCAUAUCGAUCGUUUCCGUUCGUCAGCUGCUUUCCAGUAAUGCGAAGCAGUUCGACCAGACUUCAGCUCCGAGCAUACGCAGUCCGUCUCCUCCACGCAAGGGUUCAACCCUCUUGCAUCCAUCUCCGCCACUACAGGAACAGUUCGAGCGUCCACCGCGUGCCUCGGUUACCUCGCUCCAGGACCUUACGCCACCAGCCACUCCUCCUACACGCCCAGGUCCACCCAAGCGAGAGAACUCAUCAUUGCUUCAUCCUUCGUCUCCUCGAGUUACAUCUGUGGGUGACGGCUUGGAAGAAGUUGGAUAUCCUUUCACGUUUUUGCUUCCAGCACCCGUCCCUUCUGAGCCGACUCCUACAUCCGCACCUCGUCGGCCCGAUGCUCCUUCUCGCAAGAACAGCACACUUCUUCAUCCUUCUCCGCCGCACGAUGAGAUUUCCGACCCAUUUCCCGUUCCGGCCAAAACAGUCAUCAACCUCCCACCAACCCCUCAAGCCACGCCAACACUCGAAUGCUUCAAGCGCUGCCCUUCCGUACGCUCAACGGUGUCAGACGAUGACUGGGAAGGGCCGCUACACUCGUCACACUCAGACGCAGAAUACGAUUCCGACGACGACCAGUUCGUGGACGCCGACACGAAGUCCGCUCACCGCGUCUCUCUCAAGAUGGCGCAUCUAGGCCAUGCAGUCCGCGCAAGCAGAAUCUCCUUCCACGGAAAUCAGUUGCGCAUAUUGCAAGAUUAG